AUGGAUCAUGUUAAUGUAAUAUUUGAGCGUGACCCUUUAGCUCUUGAUGACGAAUUCAGCAAUGAAUCAACGCAACAAUCUGAAGAUAACCUGUAUUGUUGCCAGGUAUGUAACAUGAUUUUGAUAGGUUUUCAUAAGUAUACACCCGAAGAACAAGCAGAAAUAAUACGAAAAGGUAGACCUGUACCUCAGCUGGAUAAUUUAGUCAUCACUACUAGCACUGGUAAGAAAUCAUUCUGUUCGAAGCGCUACGAAUAUGAUGAAUGGUUGACUGGAUGUAAACAGAGAUCUAAAUUGUAUUGUUGGCCUUGCCUUUUAUUCUCUGAGAGAAUUGACCCCUGGACGACCACAGGAAUAUCUGAUAUAAAUAACUUAGCUUGUUCGACCAAGAGCCACUCUACUUGGGAUAUUCACAUCGAUGCAAUGUUUAAGUGGAAAACGUUUGGUAAAACAUCGCCAAACAUUGGUGGGGACGAUGAAGAGUUUUCAGACCAUGAAGAAUCCGAUCAAAUUUUGAAGGAAGAAGAGAUAAUGAAGAAUCGAAAAAUUAUAAAAAAGUUUGUCCACAUCGUCUGCUUCCUUGGCGUUCAUGAAUUGUGCUUGUCGGAAGAGGAAAGGGACGACCUGAAGGAUCCCAUUGAUCAAAUGAAUGAAGUAUCCGCCAAAAGGAAAAAAGAUAUCGGUACUCAAGAGACAUAUUCCUCCGAAUCAUGUGAGCUAAUUUUCCAAAAUGUUCUGUCCAAUAUUAUCACUCAAUUAAAUGCUAGAUUUAGCGAUCUGUGGAAAACGAAAUUUAUUUCACUCAUUACCAAUUCCGAAAAUAGCAAAUUAAACACUAUCCAUCUAGGAAACCUAUAUUUACCAUUUAAAGAAUCAUUCGACAUGCCAUUGCUUGUUACGGAGCUGAGUGUGCUCGGAGAAUCGAAAGCUAUCAAGAAAACAAAUCAAAAAGAAAUACUUAAGACUUUGCGAACUAUGGAUUUAUCUUCCACCUUUCCACAGACAACGAAGCUCUGUGAGCUCUCCACGGCUCUCCCGAUCACAGAAGGGAAGUCCACUUUGGAGCGUGUUGAGAAUUACAUCCAAACAACAUCUCUUAAGCACAGGCUAUCAAUAAUGGCCGUUCUCAAAAUUGAAAAAGCAUUUAUUCUCGAACUUUCGAAAAACCCAAAAUUUUAUGAUAAGAUAAUAGAAGAACUUUCAGAUAAAGAACCUUUCAUCCCGCUGAUUCAUAAUCUAUAA